AUGGCAUCAUCAAUGAAAUCAUCUUUGAUCCUUUUUUUUACGUGUUCCCUUUUCCUCCAAGUCACUUAUGCCGUAUAUAAAACGGAGGUGAAAUGUGAGAGUUUACCAAAUGGUGAUUGUGCAUUUGCAAUUUCAUCAACAGGGAAAAGGUGUGUAUUAGAGAAAGCAACACCACAAGACAAUUUAAUUAGUAGUGAAUACACAUGCAAGACAUCAGAAGUGAUGGUUGAAAACAUGAAGGAACACAUUGAGACAGAUGAAUGUAUUGAAUCUUGUGGUCUUAAUAGAAAUUUCUUUGGAAUUUCUUCUGAUGAUUUGCUUGAGCCUCAAUUUGUCUCCAAACUAUGCUCCCCUCCUUGUUAUCAACAAUGCCCCAAUAUUGUUGAUCUUUACUUCAACUUGGCUGCUGCUGAAGGAGCAUACUUGCCAAACUUAUGCAACAAGAACAAGAAGUUGCUGAGCAGUGGUGCUGCUGAAGAGGGUGCUGAUGCUCCAGCUCCAUCUCCUUCUUCUUUCUAA